GUACAAUUUCAAGCUUGACGGAAGGGUUACGUUUAGGACAAUUGCAUCAAAUGUGUCUUUGUUUUGUUUUAUAAUCGUGAGGUGAGUAAAAUAAGAUUUUAUCCCACUAAGUGUGUUGACAUUUUCUAGAUUAAAGCUAGCUAAUUUGAAGCGAAGUGCCGUGCAUUGCUAUAUCAGCAUCACUAUUAAUAUAUGCGGAAUGCGCAACCAUUGCGGAUGUGGUGCAGAAAGAAUGCGCAUCGCUGCGACGAACGCAAUUAUAAAGAAUUCCCUCGAUCCUCUAUUUACUCAAGUCUAUCUGCACAUCUCUGUUGAUGGGUACUGUCAUAGUUGUUUUUGCACUAAUAUAAAGGAAUUUAAAUGAUCGUUUUCAGAGAGAGUACAUGUCUCUCUUGGCCAGCUUUUACAGUUGAAUAACGUCUGCUCCAGGACUUUAGCUGUAAGCUACCUGGUAUGAAUUAAUAAUAUAUUAUGCAAACUAAUGCACAUUACAGUGAAUGUUGAUCUCAGUCUGUCCCUGCACAAGAUGCUCUCCUAGCGCCCCUAUUUAUUUAUGUGCCACUUAGUUGUAGCCUGUGAACAUAUGCCUUAUGCUGCCCCCACUGAAAGAUUAGUUAGUUGUCAGGCAGAUAUUGCUCGUCCCCAACAAUGCUGUGGUACGGCCAGCCAUCUGUCGCUGUGUGAAUGGAACUGUCAGUUGGACCGUCUGUAAACCAGGCCUGACUCAUGACUGAGUACUACGAGGAGGGGGGCCUGCUGUACGAGCACUCGCCUCCCAUGCACAUAAAAGUGGAGUCUCCGGAGGGACCCUUCGGAGGGGGCGUCUCAGAGGACGGCUUUCCCAGGGAGGAUGAGGACUCGGAAGGCAGCUGCGACCAAAGCAGUGGGCUGCCUGGUGGACUACCCUUCAACGUGGUGGUGGUGCAUCCUAACAUCAUGACCCCUGGCAUGUCCUCAGAUGACCUCCUAUCCAUGGAACAGCACAGAGGUAUUUCCUCUGUGUUGGCAGCAGGGGGUGCAGGCAAGAGGAAGAGUCGUUUUAGCGGUGCAGAGCUGGAGGUGCUGGUUUCUGAGGUGACGCGGUGUGAGGGAGAGCUUUUUGGUCCUGCUGGGAGGCUCCGGCGCAGGGAGAGAGAGAGGAUCUGGGCAGGAAUCCUGGAGCGGGUCAACGCUGUGUCCAGAGUCCCUCGCACCCUCCGCGAGGUCAAGAAGCGCUGGGACGACCUGAAGAGACGCAAUGGAGGCAGGCUGGCAGACGCUAGGCACCGAACUUGUUACCUGCCAUCUAAUAGAGGGGCUUCCAUGCUGGGACGGUCAGCUCAGGCAAGCCCCAGGCUUCACCAGGCCAGACAGAAGCAAAGCACCAGAGGGAAGGCCAGUUUCACGUGCUUCACUGAUACAGAACCAGUGGGUGGAGGUGAAGGGUCGGAGAGGGAUGGCUUUGAGAAGGAUGAGGAUAGUGGUGAGCGGGAAGGGGAGGUGGGAGAGGCGGAAUGCGAGGGGGCAGAGAGCAGUAUGGAGGAAAAGCUGGGUUUAGGACUGGGAAUAGGACCUCCCCCUAACUCGGAACGCUGGCUGCCUCCCUCUCCCCUCUACAGCGCCCCUUUCCUCAAUGGGACCCCUCAGCCUAGUCCCCAGCCCUCACUAGGGGCCCAGCAGGGACCCCUGGAGGCCCCUCCUCGUGGCUCAUGGCUGGAGGACGAGCUCCGUGGCAUGGGGGAGGCAGCUCUGCAGCUGGGGGAUCGGGUGGAACAGAGUCUUCGGGAGUUUGGGGAGGGAUUCAGACGUGAUAUGAGAACAUUAGUGGUCUCUCAAGAGGCACUGGCAACCAGCCUACAGCAAAACAAUGUUCUCCUGCAAAGGCUGCUGGGAGUCCUAGAGGUACAGCAGCAGCAACAACAACAACCACCACAGCAGCAGCCACAUCAUUCCCAAAAACAAGAGCCACAACAGUCAACGCAACAACCACAACAGUUACAGCAGCAGAAACCACAGCCUCAACAACCGAUUCAGCAGCAGCAACAACAACAACAGAUACAACCACAACAGCAACAACUGCUACCACAGCAGCAGCAGCAACAACAGAUACAACCGCUACCACAGCAACCGCAACACCCCCAGAGUCCAAGUAAUCAACCAACUUUAGCAGUUGCCCCUGUACCACCACCCCCAGAUAUUCUUGAUGGUACCACCCGUCCAAAUCCACCCGCAGUCAUUAAUGGAAUUGUCCAACGGCCAAGGCGGGGGAGAAUUGUUGAUCAUAGACGAAGAAGAAGGCGUUAGAUAAAGAGAUGUAAAUAAGCUUUGAUGUACUAUAUUUAUUUUCUCUUAUACAAUCUGAUUUGAAAUAAUUGUGUCCCUCUAAUUUCAACCAAUGCUGAAAAAGUUGUGUUUUAUGAGUACAUUUGUUGUGUAAAGUAUUCAGACCCCUUGACUUUUUCCCACAUUGUGUUACGUUACAGCCUUAUUCUAAAAUGGAUUCAAUUAAUGUUUUUCCUCAUCAAUACACCAUAAUGACAAAGUGAAAACAGGUUUU